AUGGCUUUCCAGCAGCUGGCGGACGCCGCGGCGCAGUGGUGCUCCCGCACGCCCUUCCAGCUCAUCGCCGCGGAGGAGACGGAGCGCAGGAUGGACUUCUACGCCGACCCCGGCGUCUCCUUCUACGUGCUGUGCCCGGACGGCGGCUGCGGGGACACUUUUCACGUGUGGAGCGAGAGCGAGGACUGCCUGCCCUUCCUGCAGCUAGCACAGGACUACAUCUCCUCCUGCGGCAAGAAGACGCUCCCGGAAGUCUUGGAAAAAGUCUUCAAGUCUUUCAGACCCUUACUGGGCCUCCCGGACGCCGACGAGGACGCGUUUGAAGAGUACAGCGCCGACGUGGAGGAGGAGGAGCCAGAGGCCGACCACCCCCAAAUGGGGGUCAGUCAGCAGUAA